CGUGCCGCACACUGGCACUGCCCCGGCACUAGCCGGGCUGCACGAAAACUCACUGUGUGCCCUCCUCAGUUGUUCUACAAUGAGUGCCAAGUCUGCCAUCAGCAAGGAAAUUUUUGCACCUCUUGAUGAAAGAAUGCUGGGAGCUGUCCAAGUCAAGAGGAGGACAAAGAAGAAGAUUCCUUUCUUGGCAACCGGGGGUCAAGGAGAAUAUUUAACAUAUAUCUGCCUGUCAGUGACCAACAAGAAACCCACCCAGGCAUCCAUCACGAAGGUCAAACAGUUUGAAGGCUCCACAUCGUUCGUGCGGAGGUCCCAGUGGAUGCUUGAGCAGCUUCGCCAGGUUAAUGGCAUCGAUCCUAAUCGGGAUUCUGCAGAGUUUGACUUGUUGUUUGAAAAUGCAUUUGACCAGUGGGUAGCCAGCACAGCCUCUGAAAAGUGCACCUUCUUCCAGAUCCUCCACCACACCUGCCAGAGGUACCUCACGGACAGGAAGCCGGAGUUCAUUAACUGCCAGUCCAAAAUCAUGGGAGGAAACAGCAUCCUCCAUUCGGCGGCCGACAGCGUGACCAGCGCCGUACAGAAAGCCAGCCAGGCCUUGAACGAGCGCGGGGAGCGGUUAGGCCGAGCAGAGGAGAAGACAGAAGACAUGAAGAACAGCGCCCAGCAGUUCGCGGAGACUGCACACAAGCUUGCCAUGAAGCACAAGUGUUGAGACACUCCCUGUCGCGGCAAUGACCCUCUCGAGAGAAAUGGAAGAGUUUGCUCAGCAGUUUUUACAAGAAUUCCGGACCUCUGCUUUUUUUUUUUUUU